ACAGAAAGCCUGAGUCAGGCGGCCGCGGCUAUUAAAGCGCUGGGUAGGGCAGCUGCAGGCACUUCGAGGAUGAGGCUUCCCUGCUGGUUCUGGCUGAGCUCCGCGGCCGUCCUAGCUGCCUGCAGAGCAGCGGGGCAGGCACACAACCUGACGGAGGGGCUGGGGGAUGCGAGCGCCCAGGCCGCCUGCCCUGCCAGGUUGGAGGGCAGCGGGAAGUGCGAGGGGAGCCAGUGCCCCUUCCAGCUAACCCUGCCCACGCUGACCCUCCAGCUUCCGUGGCAGCUUGGCAGCAUGGAGGAGGUGCUCAAAGAAGUGCGGACCCUCAAGGAAGCUGUCAACAACCUCAAGAAAUCCUGCCAGGACUGCAGGCUGCAGGCUGACGACCAUGGAGACCCGGGCGGGAAUGGAGCAGGGACAGCCCCGGAGGACAACCGAGUCCAGGAACUGGAGAGUCAGGUGAACAAACUGACUUCAGAGCUGAAGAAUGCCAAGGACGAGAUUCAGGGGCUGCAGGGGCGCCUGGAGACGCUCCAUCUCGUAAAUAUGAACAACAUCGAAACCUACGUCGACGACAAAGUGGCCAAUCUAACAUCUGUGGUCAACAGUUUGGACGGUAAAUGCUCCAAGUGUCCCAGCCAAGAAUACAUCCAGUCACAGCCAGUUCAACAUCUAAUAUACAAAGAUUGUUCUGACUACUAUGUGAUAGGAAAAAGAAGCAGCGAGACCUACAGAGUUACCCCAGAUCCCAGACACAGUAGCUUUGAGGUCUACUGUGACAUGGAGACCAUGGGGGGAGGCUGGACGGUGCUACAGGCUCGCCUUGAUGGAAGUACCAACUUCACCAGGGACUGGAAAGACUACAAAGCGGGCUUUGGAAACCUUGACCGGGAGUUUUGGCUGGGUAACGAUAAGAUUCAUCUGCUGACCAAGAGUAGGGAAAUGAUUUUGAGAAUAGACCUCGAAGACUUUAAUGGGGUCACACUGUAUGCCUUGUACGAUCAGUUUUACGUGGCUAAUGAGUUUCUGAAAUACCGAUUACACAUUGGUAACUAUAACGGCACAGCAGGAGACGCCUUACGUUUCAGUAAACAUUACAACCACGACCUGAAGUUUUUCACCACCCCAGACAGAGACAAUGACCGCUAUCCCUCUGGGAACUGUGGGCUUUACUACAGCUCAGGCUGGUGGUUUGAUGCCUGUCUCUCUGCAAACUUAAAUGGCAAAUAUUAUCACCAGAAAUACAAGGGUGUCCGCAAUGGGAUUUUCUGGGGCACCUGGCCGGGGAUAAGUCAGGCACAGCCUGGAGGCUACAGGUCCUCCUUUAAGCAGGCCAAGAUGAUGAUGAGACCCAAGAAUUUCAAACCAUAAAUUGCCAGUGUUCAUCUCUCCAGACACUCAUUGUCUAAAGGCAUUGAGUUCCUUCUGCCCUUUGCAUAGGCCUGAGUUUAUAGUCCUUUGCUUUGGCUAACACAUUUCCUUUUAAACUUCACAGCUUUUAAAAUAAAGCUAGAAGUAUCUAAAAAGACAACUUUGUUGCCAUUAUACAUGAAUGCUUGAAAGCCCUAGAGGUAUUGACAGUCAUACAUUAUAUUUGCAAACCCUUUAAUUUUUAUUAGUUAAAAGUUCCCUACUAGAUUUAUUAUUUUUACAGUUAAAAAACUAAAUUAUUCAGCAAGCUAAACAUCUAUAUAAGCAACUUUUAUUUUCACAAUAAUAAACAUGCAUAUUUGCAAAUACAUUAGUCUUUUCAGGCCCAGGUUAUUCAUAUAUCUGUAGUCAAGAACUGUAGAGCUUUCUUUGAGCCACGACGACCUUAAAGCAUUU